UAUGAGCCUGAGCAGAUGGUGAUUAACGACCACAUUGAUUCCUCCGUGGACCAGCAGGCAUCCAGUCACUAACUUGUGUGUGCCCAAUCUGCUAUACGAGGCAAAUCAGUCGAAGUUAUUGAAAGGUAACAUAGAUUUUCCUUGACCCAUAUAACUCCCAUCAUCAAUAUUUUCUGAGCAGCGCCGUCCAAACUGAACCUGAACAAAAUUAGAACGAAUUGAUGUUUCAUCAGUUUGUCAAAGUAGCCUUGACAAACAUCUGCUUUGCACCUCUCAUGUUAAAGUGACUCGACAUGGAUUUCAUUUUGUGCCCCGUUUCCUUCGACAUCUGCGUGAAAAAUGGGUCCAUCGACUUUCUGACAAAGUGACGUGCUGAAGUGGCCUGUUGUGCAAAAUGGUAUGGAAGGAGUGAUUUCGUAUUGUACAGAUGGCUGUAUGUAGUUUUGGACUCGCCACACUCCACAGCAGCAGUGUGUCGACCUGAUAUCAUUUUUAUUCCUGGAACUAUGGUCUUGGUUUGAAAGUGUUUCAUCCUUUCUUGUAACUCUUCCAUGGAGCUUGUUCCUGUUUUGAACUGUUUGUUGCUGGACUUACAAUUACUGAAUUAGUCAUGUUUGGAUGGAGGUACAUACUUAGUACCUCUGUGGUCUUUGUGAUUGUUUCUGUUCUCAUUUCUGUGGAGUCUGCACCGACAACUGAGGCAACAACAUCACAUGAAGCAAUCAGCAGUGCUGCGAAAGAGUGUGACCCUUUCCUAGAAAAGUGCAGUGGGCCAAAAGAUACCAGCAACAAUUCAAAUCUGAUGUCGACAACGGAGUCGCAGGAGGUGACGGAAAAACCCAAAAAGUCACCUUGUGGCUCGGUUCAAAAUGAGGGAAAUGGCACGACAGGGAAAUGUGGUGAUGGGGUGAAAGAUCUGCUGAAUGGGUCAUCAACUUCCGAGUCCGAGGCAGAGACGGAGAGUCCGUCAGAGACACCUUGUCAGUGUAACUCAGCAGAUCACGUUCAUACAACAACGACCUCAACAACAACAGUCACAACAACGACACAUUGUAAGAAGCCUGUCACAAGAGAUGCGGUCAAGGUGCGUCGUUGUCAGGGUGUGAGGCGUGGUCGUUAUUGUUACAUGAUUGAGCAUGGCGCCGCCUGCUGGGGAGAGGCAAAGACGAUGUGCAAGGAAAAGGACUCGGUUUUGGCGAUUAUCAACAAGAGGCCGGUGUAUAGAGCAGUCAAGAAGCUGAUUAAACGCAAAGCAGAUUCGAAGGAGACCUUCUUCUGGGUUGGCAUGAGUUAUGCGACGAGUCUCGGUCUCAAGAAAUGGGUCAGCAACAAGCCGGUGGACAAGUUUAGUUAUUGGAAUACCUACAACGUUCUUAAAGAGAAGCCCGGACCUGUGUACGAGGGGUGUUUUGGCAUCAACUCUGACACUUGGAACCUUACUGCUGUGGACUGCGCGGCUAAGAACCCCUUCAUCUGCUUUUAUGACAUAACCAUGAAGAACCAAACGGAAUUCCUUGAAGCUCCUCCUACAAAGCCCACAGGAGCAUUUGAAGUUGUUGCUGAGGAAAACAUCAAAACAGGUGCGAUAAAACAUCACCAUCAAAUCGACAUCAUCCUCACUCCCGAACAGCAAGAAAUCGUCAAGACAGGUGGCGACCCCUCAACGGCGACUGGUGCGUUCAGAUUCAAGAAAAGCACGCCCACACAAAGGGAGCUUGAGAAGCUGUUCAUCCUUCAGACAACGACACGUCGGAUUUCGAGGCGCAGAAAGAGAAGUGCCAACACGCAGAAAUUGUGGCCGGGUGGGGUUGUGAAUUACAUAUUCCAUCAAUUGACCACCUCCAACGAAAAAGCUUUGAUCCGAACUGCCAUGUCCGUGCUAGAACAACGAACCUGCAUUAAGUUCAAAGAGGGACUAGAUUCAUCUAAUAUUGGUGUAAUGUUCAACACCCAUGAUCCAAGAUGUGCAUCAGAAGUUGGCCGGCAAGGAAAGCUACAGUCGGUCUUCCUGAGCCGAGACAGCUGUAUUCAUACCCAGGGGAGCAUCAUACAUGAGAUGUUCCAUGUCCUCGGAUUCUGGCACGAACAAUCCCGCCCGGACCGGGACGACUACAUCACCAUCAACUGGCAAAAUAUUGAUCAUGCAUAUCAAGUCAAUUUCGAAAUCCAGUCACAGUCCAGGUAUGCAAGUUUCAAGUAUGACUAUGAAAGUAUCAUGCAUUAUCCUCGAAAUGCCAUGGCGAUUGAUCCGAGUAUCGAUACAAUAACACCCAACCCCAGCAAGUGGCAACACCAACUUAUAGGACAACGAUUCGCCCCGACAGAAAUGGACUAUUUGGAGCUGAAUUCCCUGUAUGGUUGUCAACAAUCGACCAAUGGUAACUGGGGCAUCUGGAGCGAAUGGUCUCAGUGUCCUGUCACCUGCGGUGGAGGCCGGCAUUACAGAACGCGGCUAUGUAACAACCCGGCACCGGCAAAUGGUGGCAACGGCUGUCCUGGAGAACUCUCACAGUCACAGAUGUGCAUGGGGGAUAGUUGCCCAGAUCCAGAAAUCCAGUACUCAUGGGUGGGAUGCUGGAAGGACGAGGGCUUCCCAGAGUUGUUGACCCUCAUUGAGGGCUUGAGCAGUUAUCUCGAGGAAGACUACAGGAUACGUUCCAAUAGGAUCAGGAAAUGUGCCUUAGCAGCCAAAGAACUUGGUGCAGCCAUCUUUGCACUGCGGUUUUAUGGGUCAUGCUAUGCACAGUUAGAUACUAACAAAUCUGCAGAAGAUUACAAGAGUUCUGGUCCUUCGUCUCAAUGCGGUCAAGAAGGCCAUGGUGGGAUGAACGAGAUAGAUGUUUAUUCUUUUGGAAAAGAGUCAGUCCAAGGGCAGUGGUCAGUGUGGAGCGAUUACACCAAGUGUUCUAAAUCUUGCGAUAUGGGGGUACGCCACCGCCAGCGGGAGUGUAAGAAUCCCCAACCAUUGAAAUCUGACGACCCAAACUUCGCAUGCCCCGGAGAGCCUGCAGAGAAGAGUACAUGUAACCCUGGCCCUUGUCCUAUAAAUGGCGGUUGGUCUGACUGGUCUGAAUGGAGUGAAUGUCCUAAGGAACUGACUUCCCAACAGAAGAAGACAGCAGCCAAUGAAACACAAGUGGCAUAUCGUUACCGUACCAGACGGUGUAGCAACCCCUCACCGGAACAUGGGGGCGCCCAGUGCCAAGGAGAACUCAAUCAGGUCAACAUGUGUCCUUCCUCUCCUGUCAAGGAUAUAAGGCACCCGAAAAUUUGUUUGAUUGUCUUCCCGAAUAAUGAGGUCGCUGCCAGCUUCAACAACCUGGACUGUUCUGGGUACGAUCCGGUGGACCAUAACCCGAACGUCUGGAAUAAAACACACCAAAUCGAAUUGGUGGUGUACUAAUUGAAAAAAGAAUGGAUACCUCAUUAGAGACAUAGAGGAAACGGGUUGUGUCCCGAAUGGUUGUCCUGUAUGAUGGAAUUGAUAGGACCGGUCUUGGAUAUUCUUUCCAAAUGUAACCUCACUCGUUAGAGACAAAUAAUCUAUAUAAAUAGACAUGGUAGAGAUUAGUUUUGCAAUGGAAUCAUGUGUUAUGAAUGUAGAGUGUAUUGGGAGAAAUAAAAUUCCAUAUUCAA